AGGUCCAAAGCUAAGCAAGUAUGAGCGACAAGGGGACAGUAUCGCCCAAAGAGGAGGCCACCGAGAAAAGGGGGCGUGGAAGACCCCGUAAGCAGCCGCAGGAACCCAGCGGGUCCCCUGCUCCAAAGAGGCCCAGAGGACGGCCAAAGGGAAGCAAAAACAAGACAACCUCCAAGGGCAAAAAGGCAGCAGCAGCCCCAUCUGCAGGAGGAAAGCGCAGGGGAAGACCUAAGAAGAAGGAGGAGAAGGAAGAAAAGGCAUCCCAAGAAUCAUCUGACGAAGAGGAGGAGGAAGAGGAAGAGCAGUAACUCACAACCCAUGCUACCUCACUCGACAUACUGACUUACUGUUAACCAGGGCUGGGCUGUUCCUCCAACACCAGUGCCACCGCAACCACCGUUGUUCACGACAGGGCC